AAGGCGCGCAGGGAGGGAGGGAGGGGAGGGGGUGGCGGCCAUGGAUGACCAGGGCUGCCCGCGGUGCAAGACCACCAAGUACCGCAACCCCUCCUUGAAAUUGAUGGUCAACGUCUGCGGGCACACGCUAUGCGAGAGCUGUGUGGAACUGCUGUUUGUGAGAGGGGCUGGGAACUGCCAGGAGUGCGAUACCCCUCUGCGGAAGAGUAACUUCAGGGUACAGCUCUUUGAGGAUCCUGCUGUCGACAAGGAAGUGGAAAUUCGGAAGAAAGUGCUGAAAAUAUACAAUAAAAGAGAGGAUGACUUUCCCAGUCUAAGUGAAUAUAAUGAUUUCCUGGAAGAAAUAGAAGAAAUUGUAUUUAACUUGACCAACAACGUGGAUUUGGAGAACACCAAAAGGAAAAUGGAACUGUACCAGAAAGAUAACAAAGAAGUCAUUCAGAAAAAUAAGAUAAAACUGACGCGUGAGCAGGAAGAGCUGGAGGAAGCUUUAGAGGUAGAGCGACAAGAAAACGAACAAAGGCGACUCUUCAUACAGAAAGAAGAACAACUACAACAGAUGAUAAAAAGGAAGAAUAAGCAGGCACUCUUGGACGAUCUGGAGAGCUCCAGUCUUCCUGCUUCACUGCUUUUAGCUCAGCAUAAGGACAGAUCUACCCACCUAGAAAUGCAACUGGAAAAACCCAAACCUGUCAAACCAGUCACGUUUUCUACUGGCAUCAAAAUGGUAUCUCAAACACGUACGAGCUGCCUCUGUGCAGGAUAUCGCUGGAGGCUACACUUCUGCUCUUGCUUGUUACCGAGCCUUACAGGAUGCUUUCAGUGGUCUCUUCUGGCACCCCAGUUAGCCAGCGUGCAUCGGCCUGUGAUCAAGGGACACCGAGCGGAGCGAGAAGCGAAUCAAGCUGGCAAAGGUUGGGUAAAACUGCUGCCAUCUGUACAACAGCUAAGCUGCAGUCACUUUUCUGUGUAAAACCAGGUGUGUUUAAGUGUUGAAUAAAAAAAAAAAAAUCAACCAACCAAAAAAACCACAUCUGCACGAGAGCUUUGUAAAAUGGUAGAUACAUUUUUGUGGAGGGGGAAACUUGUUAGUCAUGUGGCACUUUGCUGAGGGAGGCUGAAGCAAUAAGCCACAUCUAAUGGAAGAUGUGAAUAACUCAGCUGUGUAUGUUUGAGGUUUAAAGAAAUACACUUGUAAAUUUUUUUUAAAUAAAGCCAGACUUUUUUAUUAAA